AUGGAGGCCAAGCGAGUGAAGAGAGAUGUUAAAACUCUGCUUGAUGAAUAUAUUGGACAGAGACUCAGAGAAACUGGUUUUGAUCCAAAGGGAAAAAGCACUUCUACAAUGUUAGAUGAUUUGGCCCAUUAUGACUUGGCUAUAAGUGUGGCUUUGUGGCAGCUCAAUAAAGAUAAUGCAGCUGGGAAUGACUACAUAGGGAUUGGCAGUUUAAGACACAUUAGCCAGUACCCUAAUCACCUGGAAAGAGAAGCAAUGAUCCUUUCUUCCUUUGCUGGAAUGCUUCUGAACAGCUUACCUAUUGAAGACAUUCUGUCUCUGUACAAUUGCAAGCCAGUGGCGUCCUACCCUCAUAAUCAUGCUAAGGGCAACAUUGUUCACCCAUUCUCCCUCUCUUAUCAUCCGUUUGCUAUGCUCUAUUCAUUCAAAGCAGUAGACCACUCAAGAAAACACACCCAGGUACUGAAACGCUGGAUCAAGGAACACGGUAAACAGGAGGUCUCUCCAGAGAGACCGGAGCCCUCCACCUCGUCUUCCAGCUCCUCAUUUAGUGUGAGUGAUAGCGAGGACUCCUUAAAAGAUGAAACAGCUCACUAUGAGGGCUCGCAAGAAUCUCUGCAGGACUGA